AAAAUAUUUUUGUGACACUUUUGUGAUCAUUUUUGGAAUUUGGAAAGUAAAUAAAAUGGGAAUAUUGAAUAUAUAAGAAAUAUUAAGAAAGUUAAAAAUGAUUUCCGAUGAAUAUAACCUUAGCAUCAACAACCAAGCUUGUCUUCUCUAAUAUAUUAUAUUGGUAGAUGGUCUAUAGCCAUUGCAUUGGCCAGCCGAGUAUAAAAAUGCAAUCGGAAAUUAAAAACUUUUAUUGUACAUUCAUAAAUGUUCACUAUAUUAUUUGUGAUUGUGGUGAUGCCUUCCCCACAGAAGAAGAGUUGAAAGAACAUCUACAAACUAAACAUGAUAGUGGAAAUAUUUUAGAAUGCAUAAAUGUACCACCGAUAACGAUAACUGGUAGUAUUGAGGAAGACGUUCAGCGGAAUGUUUCCAACUCACAUGAAAAAACUGGACUAGAUGUCUUGUUAGAUGGAGUAGACAUACAAUGUAUGACUGAAAACAACCAACCAGUAUUUAAACCUCUAAAAGGUGGAAAAAAGACCAAGAUGAAGCCUGUAGAAGUUAAAGAACAGAAAGUGGAGAAAAAGAAGAAAGAAUCAGUAUAUGAAAUCAUGAUUCGCUUAUUGGGAAGCGACUUUUUUAAGCCUCCAAAACGCCCCAAGCGUUUAGAGGUAGAUAAGAAGAUGGUAACUGUCACCGAGUUGACAUUGAAACAAGCGGUGCAGGAGUUGAAAAAGAGGAAGGAGAAAAUUGGAUACAAGGAAGCAACAUACCACUGCCAGUUUUGCCACCGCUACUAUCAUUCAAUACAGAGGUUUGAGGAGCACAUGCAGAGUCAUGAUGAGUCGCAUGGUCCGUACGAGUGUGCAGUCUGCAAAAUACGCAUGAAGUCGAAGUGGAAUCUCAGCAAGCAUGUGGAGGGCCUACACAAGAGGAAGUACUCCUGUAAGAUUUGCCCGUUCACCAGCACCCACAAGGACUCUAUCAUCAGGCAUACAGCUUUUCACAAGGGGCUCAAGCACAAAUGUUCGCACUGCUCCAAGGAGUUCGCCAACGUGUUAACGUACGAGCAGCACCUGCGUCGGAACCACCCGGCCCGUCACGCGUGCGCGCACUGCGGUUACACGUUCGUCAGCGAGCACGGAUUGAACAUGCACGCGAGUAAGAUGCACCGUUCCGAUGGGGAGGUGCCGCUAUUUGGUCCGUUCUGUGAUGUUUGCGAAAAACAGUUCGUGUCCGAGGAGGCUUUCGACCGACACCUGGAGAUGUCUUCGCUACACAACAGCGAGAGCACCCUGAAACGGCCUAACGCACCAAAGAACAUCAAUACAAUAGCGCGUAAUGCCGAAAUGAAGAAAAGAUACGACAGGCCAUAUCCCUGCGAAGAGUGUGGGCUAGAGCUGACGAAGAGGAACUACAUCAAGCACUUCCGGAGCGCACACCCCGGCAAGCAGAUCAAGCGCUUCCACCUGAAACCAGCCCAGUGCAACCUCUGCGGCAAAAUGUUUAAUAACAAGCCCAAUCUGUACACGCACAUGCAGACGCACGGCGAACCCCGGUACACAUGCGAGUGCGGCAAAAAGUUCCACGUCCUCUUCAACUACAAAAAGCACCGCGCGACGCACCUGCCGCGCGAGCUGCGCACGACGCACGCGUGCCACCUGUGUGACACCACCUUUACCCUGAAGCAGAACCUGCAGAGACAUCUCGCAGUAACGCACCCGGGCCUGAAGCCGUUCCCAUGCGACGUGUGCGGGAAGUCCUAUACGGCGAAGAGCGUGCUACAGGGGCACAUCAACCACGUACACCUGAAGAUACCGCGGCCCCCGCGCGAGCCCCGCCGCCCGCGAGGCCCCCGCCAUGAAAUUGGUGCCCCUGCCCGCGAGAUUUUAGAGACAGGAGGCCCCGAUUACGCGAUCACAUCCAUCGACCACGACAUGCAAGGCCGCAAUUACGAAAUUAGAACCAGUAACCACGAGAUGAGAAGCCCCGAAUACGAGAUUAGAGCCACCAACGACGGGACUCGAGGCCCCGAUUACGAGAUUCGAGGCACCGACCAUGAGAUAAGAGACUCUAAUCGCACGGAGAUGAGGCGCUCCAACCAAGAAAUAAGAUUCCCCGGCAACAAGAUAAUAGGUCUCAGCCGCAAAGAGAUGAGAGGCCAAGACUGUGAAGUGAGAGUUACCGAUCAUGAAAUGAGGAGCCGCGCCCAUGAAAAGCGAGGCCCCGACAGCAAAAAAAGAGGCCUCGAUCAAGGUCACCGACCACGAGUACGCAAACGAAGCUCAGACCAAGAAAUACAGGGCCUCCUAGUAAAAACGUCCAAUUCAAACAACAAAAACGGAGGCCCCGACCACGAAAUACAAGGUCUCCUGGUAAGAAGUUCCAAUUUCAACAACAAAAAGGGAGGCCUCGACCAGGAAAUACAAGGCUUACUUGUAAAAAGUUUAAAUUCCAACAAUAUAAACAGAGGCCUCGACCACGAAGUAAGAGCCUCUAAUCACAGGGGCCCCUACAAAGAUAAAGGCCUCCAACGCGUAGUCAAAAACUCCUAUGACACAAGUUUACGCCCGCAUCAUAUACAAAUGAGGGAUUCCGGCCAUAUCGACAUGAGAGAAUAUGACCACAUAGACAAGUUAGAUUAAAUACCUAUGGGCGACGGGAAUACAGCGAAUUGUUUCAAAACAUUAAAGAAGAAAAAAAUGUUAAAAAUUUUAUAGUAUUAAA